AGGCGGAGCGGAGAGUCAGAGGGUUUAUUUAACUCGUCGCUCUGUCCUCCCACACUUUCUCAAACGCGCCACCAAACACGGUCGCCUUGCUUUUCUGCAGCGUGGACUUGAUCACUUGAAAACCAUCUUUUACAUCAGUGCGACUUAAUGAGAAAAUAAUAGAAAUCUUCACCACUAUUUGGAAGCAUUUUAUUUAGUGCAACUUUUUUUUUUCUCCAUCUCCAUAUUUAUUUGUGUGACUGCAUACCUCUGACUUUGCUGCGUAAUUGGAGUAAAAAAGAAGAAUGGAGCGAAUCCCCAGCGCGCAACCUCCACCUCAUCUGUCCAAACACCAGGCUGAUCUCUCGGACGUGCAAGGGAUGGAUUUCCCCAUGUAUGUUUAUAAACCCAGGCGAGGAAUGAAGAGAGGAGGAGAGGAGAGCAAGGAAACCUACAAGCUGCCUCACAGACUCAUUGAGAAGAAAAGGCGCGAUCGGAUAAACGAGUGCAUCGCUCAGUUGAAAGAUUUAUUACCAGAGCACCUGAAACUCACGACUCUGGGCCAUCUGGAGAAGGCUGUGGUUUUAGAGCUGACGCUCAAGCACGUGAAAGCCCUCACCUCUCUUCUGGAGCAGCAGCAACAGAAGAUCCUCGCUCUGCAGAACGGCAUGCAAAUUGAGCAGCCCACUGUCAGCCAGGAGAAGUCGGAGGAGAUGUUCCGCUCUGGCUUCCACAUGUGUGCCAAGGAGAUGCUCCAGUAUCUCGGCAAUCACGAGACCGACGAAGACUUCACGCCGUCCCAUGUCAUCAAUCACCUCCACAAGGUAGCCGCAGAGGUGCUGCAAAGUCCGGUUAGACCCCGCACUCCUCUCAGCCCUCCACCUGAGGAGAUCCCCUCCUACCACCACCAGCACCAACCUCACAAGGAGAUGCCCGCCAGCAUAGCGCCAAAACCCAGCGAGGGCUACAGGAGGAACUGUGUGCCCGUCAUCCAGAGGGCGUACGCUCCGACGAGCAGCGAGCAGAGCGGCAGCGACACGGAUACAGACAGCGGCUAUGGGGGAGAGCUGGAGAAGGCUGAAUCUGGGGCGCAACAGGGACGUCCAGGUUACUACGGUCAGGAGAGCCACCUGAAGCGAGCGCUCGACGAGAGACAAAGCUCCGGCAUCAAGCGGGAGGAUGAGGAGCGGCGACACAAGCGACCCCGGGUGGAGUCGUCGGAGGAUGAGCUGCUCUCAGGCGGAGAAUCAUCAUCAUCAUCAGCAUCAUCGUCCUCUAGCGGUUACGGCAGUUACAUGAGCGUAUCCCCCAACCAUCCAACUGCUCCACAUCCCCUCUGCAUGCCUUUCUACCUCAUUCCACCCUCCGCUGCAGCCUACCUGCCGAUGCUGGAGAAGUGCUGGUACCCCGGAGCCGUGCCCAUGCUCUACCCUGGCAUGGGGGGCUCUGCACCCGCCAUGUCCAACGAAAGACCUCAGCUAGUGAUGUCUCCCAGAGGAGGCUCUCCAGCCCCGACCAUAUCUCAAUCUCAGACCCCCAUGGACUCCCCUGCCCUCCUCCAGGCACUAAAGCAGGUACCACCCAUCAACCAGGAAACCAAAGACUGAGAGAUGACAGAUGUUCUAGUACCCAAGAGACAGUUAGUAGGAAUGAAAACAUGACUGAGCCUUUCCAUAAUCCAUCCUCAUUCCCGUCCUCUGCUCCUCAGCCUGGAGGCCCAAACAGCAAACUAGAGGACUUGUAGAAAUGUUCAAGAGGAGAUGGAGGAGGAAAGAGAGCGACGUCCGUCCACGCUCGGAGGACGCAAAGCUCUGGUUGAAUGUUAAAUGCUCAGUGGUAUUACUCAGUGCAAAUGUAUCAUAUAAAACUGGACCUGCCCUGCACACACACACACACACAUACACACGUGGUUGAAUGUAAAGAAAGUUUUAGAUGCUGCUGUUAAAGUACGAUGACACUGAUGCAUCUCACUUGUAGCCGUUGCAAUAGAGACACGCCAUCUUUGUACUUUAGAAAAAGUGUUGCACCAAAUGUUAGCAGUAAUUUUUCACCCAAAGUUUGUUGCCUACGUCCUUUAGGUCAGCGUUAUCAUCACUGAGAAUGCCCUUAGACAUUAUGAUGACUGGCUCCAUAAGAUACAAGGGUUUCCUCAUGUGUGUACAGACGGGAGUAAGGGUACACCCGAUGCAUGGAUGAAGGAACGGGCCGCCACACGACCACAAUGAAUGAGAAGUCUUGUUUUUCAUUGACAAAACAGACAGUUCAGAUGGAUUUUUCUGUAAUUAUUGUUCAUAGACUUCUUGUACAUUUCUAUUUUUUAUACCGUGCGGACAAUUGUAUACGUUGUGCACUCAGAAACUGUGUACAUACUGUAGCACUGUGCUGGACCUGGUCUGCAUACUCAACAUCUGUUUCUGCUCAAGUCAAACCUGGUGUUUGUUCUUGCCGUUGCCUUUUACUUGUGAAAAGCUGAUAAAUCUCAGAUGUUUAUUCUCUGUACUACGUAUGAAUACUGGAGUCACAGGAGCGAGGAGGAGAGAAGUUGAAUGUAAACGUUUUACCAGAAGACUAGUUUUCUAUAGAAAGAGGUACUUGAGAUUUUAUAUUUUGGGACCUACAUGAAAGAUGUUUGAUGUACAUAUUUUGUCUAUAAAUGUUGGUAUACAUUAUAUAAGUGUAUUAAUAAAGUAUUUUUUUUCCCGUGGAAAA